AUGCUGAAGGUGGUACCGAGAACCUUUUCGAGAUUACUUAACACAGUAGGAUCAAAAAGGCCUCCCUUCUAUGAAGUCUUUCCUCAAAAGAAAAUGGUAAACAGGUUACUUUUCGAACUUGAUAGCAGACUUAGUUUUGCUAAACUUUACCCAGUUUAUGAGAAUAUUUACAAUACCAUGGAUAAUCCAUCUUCAAAAGAGGUGGCAACUACAAAUAUAACUGCACUCGACAUGAUGACGAUGAAGAAGGUACUUGAAAAGGUAAGACACCGAACGAAAAGCGUAAACAAAAACCUGCUAGCUUUAGAGAAUGAAAUUUUAGAUCGAGCUGCUGAAAUGGGUGACAACGAUGCAAUAAGCCUGCUCGCGUACAAUGUCUUGAAAGCGCCUGAAAAAAAUACCAAUGAAGACGUGAAGUACGCAAAAAAACUAAUUAAGGAACUUUACGAGCUCAAGCAUCCUCUGACAAUCAAGUUGGCGGGCGAUUUGGCUUUAAAAAAAAAGGAUUAUACAAAUGCUGAGCGAUAUUACAAGGAAUUCAUAGCUCUAGAAGAUGAUACAUUCCUUGCUGGUGAAGUUUAUCAGCAGUUAGGAAUUAUUUAUUUCGGUGUUCCUGAGGUUGCUAAGGCAGAACAGAGUUUUCUAAAAAGCAUUAAGCUUUGUCCUAUUGAAUUUGUUGUUCACUCCUACUUUUAUUUGGGCCAAAUAUACAUGAAUUCAGAACCCUUAAAGGCCAGAUCCUUGAUGGAAGGUGCAGCAACGGAGGGCUUUCGCGAAUCCUUUAAAACUCUAGGAUUUCUUGAAAUGCAUUACUUUGGAGAAUUGCACAAAGCCAUGGAAUGGUUCAAGCUUGGUAUGGAGUUAUUUGAGUUUGAGUGCUUUAUUGGGUAUUUUGAUUGUUCCAUAAAAUUGAAAGAAUGGGGGAAAGCAAAGAAAUGUCUCAAAUCGAUGAAGUUGCUUGCAGAUUCUAACCAAGUUUAUGAAAGUCUUUUUAAAGAAUUCGUCAAUUCGCGAUCAGAUAGAAUAAAAAAACUCGAACGUUACUCGACCAAUAUAGUUGCAGAUUCCCAGCAACUCUUGAAAUCAGCUGCAUAUCAAGCGCCAACUCAAGAAAAUACAUGGAACCUAUGA